AUGCAUGUACUGCUACCCAGCAACAUCUCCGCCGUGCCAAUUGAGCACCUGGGCGAUGUUGUCCGCGCUCAGUACCGCGCAGCCUUCACCCAGGCUGUCGCCCAAGGCCAGGCCCGAGUCCUCGUCGUCCCCUACACCCUUCUCGGGCCCUUGAUCAUACCCGCCGUGUGGCUCGCCAUACCUCAUUCCGAGUCAAGAUGGAUGAAACUCGCCACCUGGUUCGUCGUCGGGCUCGCCGUCUUCUUUGACCUCGACAUUCUUCGCGGCACAUCAAGCACCAAUCUGGCAGCCGCAUAUGCUGCCGGGCUGCUGGCCAACUGGGGAAUCAUGUCGACACUGGCUCUGCUGGUCUUCAGGAAGCCACAGUUAUAUGCGGCCAGGGCUGUGAGACGGUCCAACAACGCCCCUCCAGCUCCUGCAACGACCCUUCAAAACGGACAUAGCUCUGCCGUCAAGGACGACUCGAGUCCAUCGCAACGUGAAAACGGCGCCCAUCAUCGCAAGCCUCACCGAGAAGGCUCUAACCAAUUCUCUCCCAAUGGACAAUCUCCAGCCACCAAGCGCGAAGGCGAAUAUACAUGGGAGCCGUUCCCAGCUCAUGCUUCCUUUGGCAAGAGGCUCGGAUGGAGUCUUGACGCAAUAACCAAUUUCCGAUUCACAGGCUGGAACUGGUCCAUAUCUGCCCUACCACGGCCAAAACUCGAUCAUGGUUCCAUAACUGGCGAAUCUCUUCCCACCACACCAUUCGAUCUAGAUUCCAUACCUAUCGUCACCGAGGCUGGUUAUCGUCGCUGCCUCUCUCACUCAGAAUUCGUCUGGGACCGUCUCAAGACAGUAGGCAUCAUGUACCUCGCCCUUGACUUUCUCGCCGUCUUCAUGAUGAAAGACCCAUACUUCAUCCUGGGGCCAGACCAGGCUGCCAAUUACCCCUUACCUCCCCAUCUCGCCGGCCUCUCCCCCUGGAUUCUCUACCUCUACCGCGAAGUCUUCUGCCUCCUCGGCAUCCUGACCGCCAUAUCCGGAAUCUUCAACCUCAACGACCUCGUCCAGUACUUCCUCGUAAGCCGUCUCUGGCCCAUGCGCGGCGAACUCUGGAUGAACCCUUCCACCUUUGGCUCCUUCACGAACGUGCUCGAGCGCGGCCUCGCAGGCUGGUGGGGUCAGUACUGGCACCAGCUCUUCAGAUCCCAAUUCGCCGCGCCUGCUCGCUGGCUGGUCCGGCAGGGCUUCGUCAGCCGAGACUCCAUCCCGGGCAUCCUCAUCACUCUGACCACCUCCUUCCUGCAGUCCGGCCUGUUCCACGCCUUUGGCAGCGUGACCUGCAUCCCCCGCACCAAGCUGUGGCGUCCCCCCGCCUUCUUCCUCUUGCAGGUCGCCGGCAUCGCCUUGCAGUCCUGCCUGUCGCUCGCCUCGAGGAGAUACCUGCCCCCGACGAGUAUCCUUCGCUACCGGAGAGUCGGCCAAGUGUCCAACAUGCUCUUCACCUUCGCGUGGCUUUGCUGUACCGCCGUAUUUCUGUCGGACGACUUCGCCAGCACGGGGAUCUGGCUGCUGGAGCCGGUCCCCAUCUCGCUCUUUAGAGCUUUCGGAUACGGGUACCCGACCGACCACUGGUGGCGCUGGGAUGAACACCAUUGGCCCCGGUGGUACACCGCGCCCAACUGGUGGCAGAGCGGUAUCAGGAUAUAG